GUCGCGGGCUCGCGCGCCGCCGGCCGAGCCGCAGUUAAAAUGGUCCGAGUCGGGCCCGCGCUGCCCCCGCCGCGGCGCUGACUGACUGAACCGGCUGGCCUGGCCGGCAGACUCGCUUCCCUCCCUCGCGUCCCCACAGCUCGCGCCCGUCCUUCUCCCGGCUCCCCGGGGGCAAAGCAUGUAGCCCGCGUCGGGCACCCGGGCGGCCCGCAGCUGACGCCCACCCCCGCCGUCGCGUGUGCCGGGUGCGCGGCGCGGGCGACCCAGCCAGCGGCCUGCCCCGCCGCCGGAGCCCGCCCCUCGGGCCUCCCUCUCCCGCCCCGUCCCGGUCGCCCUCCUCGGGGCCUUCUAUAUGGGCCACCUUCUCUCGAAGGAGCCGCGUAACCGCCCGAGCCAGAAGAGGCCUCGCUGCUGCAGCUGGUGUCGCCGCCGGCGCCCUCUCCUCAGACUGCCCCGCCGGGCUCUGGCCAAGGCGUCCCCGCAGCCCGCGGCGCCCCGGAGCCGGGACUGCUUCUUCCGCGGGCCCUGCAUGCUCUGCUUCAUCGUGCACAGCCCCGGCGCGCCCGCCUCCGCCGGCCUAGAGGAGGAGCCGCCGCUCUCGCCACCGCCGCCGCCGCCGCCGCGGGACGGGGCCUACGCCGCCGUCUCCUCGCAGCACUUGGCGCGGCGCUACGCGGCCCUGGCCGCCGAGGACUGCGCCGCCGCCGCACGCCGCUUCCUGCUGUCCUCGGCCGCCGCCGCCGCCGCCGCUGCCUCGUCGCCCGCGUCCUGCUGCAAGGAGCUGGGGCUGGCUGCCGCCGCCUGGGAGCAGCAGGGCCGGAGCCUCUUCCUGGCCGGCGUGGGGCCCGUGCGCUUCCUGGGACCGCUGGCCGCCGUGCAGCUCUUCCGGGCACCGCCGGCGCCGCCGCCGCAGGCCGAGCCCGCCACGGCCCUCGAGAUGGUUUGCAAGCGGAAAGGGGCCGGGGUCCCCGCCUGCACCCCCUGCAAGCAGCCCCGUUGCGGCUGCGGGGGCUGCGGCGGGGGCGGCGGCGGCGGGGGAGGGCCCGCGGGAGGAGGUGCCUCGCCGCCGCGGCCGCCCGAUGCCGGCUGCUGCCAGGCCCCGGAGCAGCCCCCGCCGCCGCUCUGCCCCGCGCCCGCCUCUCCCGCCUCCGAGUGUGCCCCCAUCGAGGCCGCCGCCGGGGACACAGUCCGAGCCGGGGGCACCGCCCCCUCGUCUGCCCAGCAGCAGCCUGAGAGCGGCGACGCGGACUGUCAGGAGCCCCCCGAAAACCCCUGCGACUGUCACAGGGAGCCGCCCCCCGAGAUCCCAGAUAUCAACCAACUGCCGCCGUCCAUCCUGCUUAAGAUAUUUUCCAAUUUGUCCCUGAACGAACGCUGCCUUUCUGCAUCGUUGGUUUGCAAGUACUGGCGUGACCUUUGCCUAGAUUUCCAGUUUUGGAAGCAGCUGGACCUUAGUAGUCGUCAGCAGGUUACUGAUGAAUUAUUGGAAAAAAUUGCCUCCAGAAGUCAGAAUAUAAUUGAGAUCAACAUUUCUGAUUGUCGAAGUAUAUCUGAUAGUGGCGUGUGUGUUCUAGCAUUUAAGUGUCCUGGACUUCUUAGGUAUACAGCCUACAGGUGUAAGCAGCUUUCUGACACCUCUAUCGUUGCAGUCGCGUCUCACUGUCCUUUACUGCAGAAAGUCCACGUAGGCAACCAGGACAAGCUCACUGAUGAAGGACUCAAGCAGCUGGGCUCAAGAUGCAGAGAACUCAAAGACAUCCAUUUUGGCCAGUGUUACAAGAUCUCAGAUGAAGGCAUGAUUGUCAUAGCUAAGAGCUGCCUGAAGUUACAGAGGAUAUACAUGCAGGAAAACAAAUUAGUAACAGAUCAGUCAGUGAAGGCAUUUGCUGAGCACUGUCCUGAACUCCAGUAUGUUGGCUUCAUGGGUUGUUCAGUUACUUCCAAAGGAGUCAUUCACUUAACCAAGCUAAGGAACCUGUCCAGCUUAGACCUCCGUCACAUCACUGAACUGGAUAAUGAAACUGUGAUGGAAAUUGUCAAGAGGUGCAAAAAUCUCAGCUCUCUGAAUCUCUGUCUCAACUGGAUCAUAAACGACAGGUGUGUGGAGGUCAUUGCAAAGGAAGGACAGAACCUGAAAGAGCUGUACCUGGUGUCCUGUAAGAUCACUGAUUAUGCACUGAUAGCCAUUGGGCGAUACAGCGUGACCAUAGAGACUGUGGACGUCGGAUGGUGUAAAGAAAUCACGGAUCAAGGAGCCACCCUGAUUGCACAGAGCAGCAAGUCUCUGAGAUACUUGGGCCUGAUGAGAUGUGACAAAGUCAAUGAAUUGACAGUGGAGCAGCUGGUGCAGCAGUACCCUCACAUCACCUUCAGCACCGUUCUGCAGGACUGCAAGAGGACCUUGGAGAGAGCCUACCAGAUGGGCUGGACCCCCAAUAUGUCUGCUGCCACCUCCUAACUCUCUUCCUAUGCCCAGGUCUACUCAGGCCGGUUCAGCAGAAUGGAGAAAUGGGGGGCUACAACAGGGGGUCUUUUGGAAAGGUUUUAACCGUCACCUGUCAGUGCGUGUACCCGAGUGUUCCAUUUGUGUCUUGUUUGCAUUCUGCAUAGCAUAAGCACACUGUUACUUACCCCGACGUGAGCUGGCUUGUUUUCCCUAAAACAGAAGAUUAUGAAAACCACGACCUUUUUGUUUUUUGUUUUGUUUUCCAAUUCAAACGUUUAUUUCUCUAAAAAAGACUGUGGAAUCUCAAGUCAGAAAACUGGGUGUAUAGUUUUGAGCUUUUAAGUUCUGACACAUCUCGGAAAUGCUCAUAGAAAGGCUCUGUUCGGUGAUAGGUAGGCUACUUGUACGCUUCUGAGAAGACCAAAACAGAAGUGAUGUUGCUCUAACUAGAAGCCUGGAGACUAGAACCCCUCAAAAUGGAGUACACAGCUAAAGUUCCACUCUCUUGUACUGUCAUACACACAUGCUAGGUCAGGUUCUCGCUUGGUAAAUUCUUUCCUGCCAGGGGAACCUUCCUGGGUCAUGAAGAGAGCAUGCCUUCCACUGUGGCUAUGCCUAUCAUACUGUGCCCAGUGGUGGACAACCUGCUGUCUUAUAGGUAACUUAGGAAGUAGACUGAAUAAAGCCUUUUGUAAAUUUGUAUAUGGAGGCAACAGUCUGAUGUCCCCUGGCCAGCUCACUAAAGUUAAUUAUUCAUUAUUCUGUAAAUGCAUUCUAUUAAGUAAUAAAUAUUUUAGUUGGUUUUGCA